GGAACAUUUUAUAAACAUUUAUAAACGAUUUCGAUUAAAAGUAAAAGGUCUGAUUUCAUAAUUUUAUUAAAUAUGAGUGAAUCUACGGGAUUUGUGAAAAGAAAUAUAAAAAAUAAGUUUGCUCGUAAACGUAAAAAUUCAUCGGAAGACGAGAAAAAACAUUCUGAGGACGAUGAAACUAAAGAAAUGAAUGUUGUUAUUAAACCUGGUGAUAGAAAGAAAUAUAAUCCAAACUUUCACUCUUCUAGUGCUAUCAAAAAAGCAAGAAAUAAGAAUGACAACGACAGUGAUUCUUCUGAUGAUAAAAGUUCAGAUGAUAAUAUUGUUGUGAGUUAUAAAAGUAAACGCUCGGCUUUACCUUCGGGACCAAGAGAUCAAGGAGCAACAUCAGAACUUACAAUAGAAACCGAAAAAGAUCGUGACGCGAUAGCAUUGUUUAAGAAAAGUCAAGAAAUCAACAAAGAAUUAGAAGGCAAAGCUGAUGACAAAAUAUACAGAGGAAUGAACAAUUAUACGCAAUUUUUCAAGAAAAGAGACACAGUUCAAGGAAAUGCGGGAAGUAAUAGUGUUGGCCCUAUGAGAGCACCAUCAAACAUUCGUUCAACUGUUCGUUGGGAUUAUCAGCCAGAUAUUUGCAAAGAUUAUAAAGAAACAGGAUUUUGCGGUUUUGGAGAUAGUUGUAAGUUCUUACAUGACAGAAGUGAUUAUAAAUAUGGCUGGCAACUUGAACUUGAAGAAAAAGCAAAGGCAAGCAAGAAAGAUUAUGAGAUUGAUUCAGAUGAUGAUGACAAGAAAUAUGAAAUAAACUCUGACGAGGAAGAUCUUCCUUUCAAAUGUCUGAUAUGUCGUAAAUCUUUUGAAGAUCCUGUGGUUACAAAAUGUCAACACUAUUUUUGUGAAAAGUGCGCCCUUGAAAGGUAUCAAAUACAAACAUUAAUAAUGGAUGAUCGAAAAAGAAUAAAACUUCAAGAAGAAAAUAUAAAAAUUAAGGCAAUACUUGAUGAUACAAUGACAUACAAUUUGCCUUGCCGAAAGUUUUUUGUUGGAAAGAUUAGUGAUCGAAAAGAAACCAGCAGAGCUAUGAUUGAACUUAACAAUAAAAUGCCACUAGAAUGUGUGAAUUAUACUAAGCGUGUUAACAAAAGUAGCGAAAUAUUGAUAGCAUCUUUAGAAAGUUUAGACAUGACAGAAAAUUGUGAUAAAGACAAACUUAAAGCUAAAUUACUUUCGAAUAAAAUACCCGAAAAUAUCAUAGAGACUAUUACAAUCGACAUCAGAGUUGUAGAAAUUCCCGAUUUUCAACCUCAUCUUCGAUGGCAAUAUGAAAUUGUGACGAAGAAUUGGCCAUGCAAGUUUCAUGAAAAUAAAUACUUGGAAAGUUUAUGGAACGACACAAUUUUCAAUGAUGAAGAAAUAAAGCAACAUUGGAGAUUCAUAGAGAUAUGUCAAUUCAUAUCAAAGCAUUUCGAAAACUCUACCGUUGGUUUAGCUGUAAAUCCCUACAAUAAAAGAAUUGUCGCGUUUGGAGUAUGCAAAGUCAAAUUAAAUCCAAUUCUUCAUUGCUGUAUGGAUCUUAUCGAUCAAGUGAGUAGAACUCAGAAUGGCGGCGUGUGGUCAGUCAACCAGAAUAAAAACUAUCAGAAGAUAACACAAAUAGUGUCUGCAAAAUUUGAUGUGAAUUUCGGUGAAGGUCCGUUUGAAAAAGUGGCAUCCAGUGAAGACAAUUUGCAUAAAUUUGGACCGUACUUGUGUACUGGAUAUUUUAUUUAUUUACUCGACGAACCGUGUCUAAUGUGUUCAAUGGCUCUUAUUCAUUCACGAGCAAGGCGAGUUUUUUAUCAUCGUUCUCGCAGCUAUGGCGCUCUCGGCUCGAUGACAAAACUUCAUACCAACAAAAAUUUAAAUCAUCGUUUUGAGGCUUUUCGUUUAGAAUUAUCGCAGGUCCUUGAAAGUGCAAUUAAAAAAGAAAAAAAAUUGAUUGAUAAGUUGAGUCAUCGGAUUAUGGCUCUUACUGCUCCACCACCAGCAUCUUCAUUAUCGGAAUUUGGUUGGAUCUUUAACAAUAAUCACCUCGACAGUUCAAUAUACGACGACGAAGAUAUCAUGGAGUUUAGCGAUAGUAGUACUGAGUAUCAAACGCUUCCAUACCAAAAUUCACAACAACCACUCCAACAACAAUCUGAAUCGCGAUCAAUCUACAACGUCGACGCUCAAAACACAUUCAACAUGCAAACCAACGAAAAGUUCUCAUUAGACCUGGAAGAAUCAACCUCAAACUCAAAGGAAGCUUGGCCGGUUGAUUACGUUAAAGCUGUCCUCAUGGGAUCAUCUUCAACAUGUGACGUCAAUCGAAAGAGGAAAAGUGAUUGGUCUCUAAGCAACAGCGACUUCCCAAAUAAUUUAACAGAGAGCGGAUCAGAAGCAAAACUACCGGGAUCAUCGAAAGAUCGUGAUCGUCGUAAGAGUCAAGCAGGUUGCAUUCAGUGGCCCGAAGAACUUGACUUGAAUCUAAGUUCCGAGUUGAUGAAUAACAAUCAGUAUAGCAAUGAUUCUUUGUUAAAUUUCUCAAAUUUGACGGUGUUCAAGCAGGAAGUUCCUUCGCCCCCGACAAGGAAUAUCGAUGCUUUGAAAAUACCAAGCAGUCCAAAUGAUCAGCCAUAUCCACUUGAAAGUCGAAAUAUUUCGCCAGUCAGCUGCGUUCGUAAUCAUGUUGGUCUGAAUGGAAUGUUAAAUGUUAACACAAACAUACAAAACAAUGAACAGCAUGGAACGACAGGAAGUUCAUCCAGCAGCAAUGGACUAGCCAACUUCUUAGAUCAGUUUGGAAACGGAAAUCAUGGCAAUGAAAAUAAUGAUUCCAAUAGCAGUCAAAAUAAACGAACGAUGAUGUCAGAUGAAUUUCGUUUUCAAUAUGUUUUGGCGGCUGCAACAUCGAUAGCGACGAAAAGUAAUGAAGAAACCUUAACCUACCUUAAUCAAGGUCAGAGUUAUGAGAUCAAGUUAAAGAAACUUGGAGAUUUGUCCACAUGCAGAGGUAAAAUAAUGAAAAGUGUCAUCAAAAUAUGUUUUCAUGAACGUCGAUUGCAAUAUAUGGAACGCGAGCAAAUGCACAUUUGGCAGUCAAGUCGACCUGGUGAGCGUAUCUUGGAUAUUGACAUCCCUUUGUCAUGUGGUCUCAUUCAUGUUAAUCAAUCGGCACCUCAACUGAACACUGCUGAGGUCUUAUGGGAUCCCAUGAAAGAAGUUGGCGUUUACAUUAAAGUCAAUUGCAUUUCAACUGAAUUUACUCCGAAGAAGCACGGUGGCGAGAAAGGCGUUCCUUUUAGGAUUCAAAUAGAAACGUACUUUGAAGGAAAUAACGACGUACAAGUAAAGCCACUUCAUGCAGCCGCUUGUCAAAUUAAGGUAUUCAAAUUAAAAGGCGCUGAUAGAAAACAUAAGCAAGACAGGGAAAGAAUUCAAAAGCGUCCGGUGUCAGAACAAGAUAAAUAUCAACGAAGUUAUGAUUGUACGAUCUUAAACGACAUAUCAAGUGAAAGUUUAGUGACAUCAACAAUUGGCUGCUACAGUCCUGAACAUAUUAAACGAAAUAUUUCACCAAGUUUACCCUCAUCUCCGAUUCAUGUUCCAUCAAAUCAAAAUCCAGUUAUGACCUUCUCAUCAGCUCCAAUUGUUAUUGGGAAUGUUUCCUCCACAAAUAGCAUUUGCAAGAUGGAUCAAAGUGUAGUUUCCACGCAAAACUAUGAGUUUGAUGAUGUUACCUCAAUAACAAUAACGAAAGAUUCAACACCGCAACAUUUAACACAAUGGCUGGCAUUUCAUCGAUUGACAUCUUACGCAAGCACUUUUUCUCACUUUUCCGGAUGUGAUUUGUUAAGAAUGUCAAAAGAUGAUUUAGUUCAAAUAUGUGGACUUGCAGAUGGAAUUCGAAUGUUCAACAUUCUACACGUCAAGGCAAUCCAACCACGUUUGAAAAUCUACGUUAGUCUUGAAGCAAAUACUUACCACGCUGUCUAUUUUCAUACUGCAACUACAAAGGAACUCAUUCAAAAGCUUUACAAAAUACCGGGAUUAAUGAGCAAUGUUUUAAUGAAAUUUAACGCUUCGUCACCGAGUCAUAUGACUGGAAGCAACUCAAGCAUUCACGAUGAUUCAAAUUUCAAAAUUUUCGUGUACGGUCCAAACAAUGUUAUGGUUCUCGUAACCGAUGAAGUUCUUGCUAAUUUUAAGGAUGAAAGUUUAUUUUCAAUGGAAGUUAUUGCAAAUGGCAGUGUCAUAAUGAAGCCUGCUAGAAAAAGUGCUGGCAUAGAUUAAGUAAUUAAUUAACAGUUUUAUUUAAUUUUUAAGGCAAGAUAGAUUGCGAACGCUUGAUUUUGCUUUAUCAUGUUGUUACCAUAAAAAGAAAUUAAAUAUUUCUGUUAUCAUCUGCAAAAACCAAAUUUAAAUUGCUUUAAAAGAUUUCAGAAGAGUUUCAGAAUAUUAUCUAAAAUUAUUUUUAUGUCCAAUGAAAUAUUUGGACUUUAAUUUUAUGCUGUAAUCAUGAAUAUGAAAACUUAUUAUGACCUUAGAACUGUUAGCUAGAUUUAUAGGAUAUUAGAAUCAAAUCAAUUAGACUUAAUAGUACAAAAGCCAAACGUUAUAAAAGUUGCCAAUGAUGGACAACAAAUUAGAAAAGUCAUUUUGAGUUAUUUCCAAAAUAUUUCUUUCUAAUAUAAAAAAAGUGAUAAACAACUGAUUUGAACAUUUGGAACGUUUCUUAUGACAAAACUCCGAAUUUUUAUAAAAAAAUAACAGAAUGAAAUCACGAAAAGAUUUCAAACAUUUUUGUAUCUAACUCAAACGCAUUUUUUAUGAUUCAAACGUCUCAAUAAGUAAUGGAAAUUCUUUAAAGUAAUUUUAGUAAAGUUUAAGAUUUUUAUCUGAAAAUAUCGCACGGGAUGCGCUGGAAAAAUAAAUUUUUAUAACAUCACAAGAGAUUUCAAUAAACACUAAAAUUAUGCUGAUAUUAUUAGUUACCAAUUUAAAUUGUCUUCCACUUUUAAAAAGAAAAAAAUUAAGAAUGAAACGUUUUCGUUAUCUAAAUAUUUGUUAGAGAACUUUUAUGAAAAUUUAAAAUAUUAAAAACCUUUUCGACGAGAACUUUUAUGAAUGUAAUCUUAAAUUUGAUUAAUAAAAAUUGAAAGAGAA